UUUUUUUUCAAUAAACUUAAAGAUUUAUUGAUCCAUCCUAAAAGCUGCGUUGGAUGCUGCGUUUCUUAGCAACGAAUUACAUUUCCCUCAUAGAGUCCGAUCAUAAAUGUUUUAAUACACGCACUAUUUUUGGUCUCCCAAGAAAACAUCUGUGUAUUUAAAAAAAAUUUAAACACAACGUUUUCCGUUUAAACAUUUUUCUUUGGCAAUUACGUGCUUACAUAGUCUGUGAACUUAUCAAAUAGGGUCAAAGGUAAUGAAAUCUUGAUAAAGUUCAAUUCGUUGGUGAGCGAAAUUUCUUCUCAGUGACGGGUUUAAAAUUAUUGAAAGAUGUUCGAAUAUCUUUUAAAUGUUAUAAAUUGGUUUAUAAAGAAGUUGUAUCAACCAUGUGAUCCGUCUAGUUUAGCUGUGAUAAGGAUUCUUUUUGGAUUUUUAAUGGCGAUUGAUAUAGUUGAGGAAAGAAGUGGUGGAAAUAUCGAUAUUAUAUGGGGUGAACCAAAAAAUUGUCAUUUCCCAUUAUUUCCUUUUAUUCGCCCGACGUCACUACAAUAUAUUAGUAUACUUUAUGGAAUUAUGUGGUUGGGAUCUUUGGGAAUAAUGUUGGGGUUUAAAUACAAGUGGAGCUGUUUAAUGUUCAUUAUUCCAUAUUGGUACAUUUUUUUAUUAGAUAAAUCACAUUGGAAUAAUCACAGUUAUUUAUACGGAUUAAUUGGGUUAAUUUUAACUGCAACUUCUGCUAAUUAUUUUUGGUCCAUCGACGCGCUUUUAAAUCCGGAUAUAAGCAACAAACAAAUUCCGUAUUGGAAUUAUUUCUUAUUAAAAUUCCAAAUUUUUCUUCUUUAUUUUUACGCCGGGUUAAAGAAAACCGAUAUGGAGUGGUUUGAAGGAUAUUCAAUGAAAGAUUUAGGAUUGCAUUGGGUUUUUGACCCACUAAAGUUUAUUCUUUCUCUAAAUCAAAUCGAUUACAUUGUGAUACAUUGCUUCGGAUUUUUAUUAGAUUUAACAGCAAGUUUCUUUUUGAUUGUCUCAAAAACGCGCCCUAUUGCGUUGAUUUUUGUGGGGACCUUCCAUUUAGUAAAUAGUCGCAUGUUUAAUAUAGGCAUGUUUCCUUAUGUUUGUUUGGCAACGUUGCCAAUUUUCUGCCUAUCUGAUUGGCCCAAAAAUCUAUUAACAAAUAAAUUUAAUUUUUGGAAAGAGACCAAAAAGAAUAAAAAUUGUUUAUAUGGUGGCAACACCAUUGGGUUAAAAAAAAAAUUUAUUACAUUUUUAGUUGUGAUAUAUUGCGGACUACAAGGAUUUUUACCUUACUCCCAUUUUAUAACCAAGGGAUUUAACAACUGGACAAAUGGUUUAUAUGGUUACUCAUGGGAUAUGAUGGUGCAUUCCUGGGAUACCAUUUUAGUAGUUGUUAAAGUUGUUGAUAAUCGUACGGGAAAAGAACAUUUUUUGGAUCCAUCCGCUUGGACUACGAAUAAUCGAUGGAAUAAACACGCUGAUAUGGUUGUACAAUACGCAGAAUGUUUACAAAAAAAUUUAUUAACCGAAUUACAUGAGCAAUCAUUAAAACCAAAAUCUUCAAGUCUUAUCACAAAAUACUUAACAUCGAAUGAUAUCUCAAUUUACUUAGACGUUUGGUGCUCGAUGAAUGGAAGAUUUCAGCAAAGAAUGUACGAUCCAAAUUAUGACUUAUUAAAAGCAAAUUGGUCGAUAUUUGAAACACCAGAAUUUUUAAUGCCUUUACUUAAUGAAUACAACGACUAUAGGAAGAUGAUGACUGAAAUUCAAAAUCAUGUUUAUUCUUGGUCAAAUUACAGUGAUGUUCUUUUUAUAGCUGAUUUUCCUGGACUCUACCUCGACAAUUACAUUGCAGAUAAUUUAAGGAACGUUUCAUUAACCGUUUUGGCCGGAGAAGUCGAAUAUUGCGACGAUGAAGACGGAGAAAAUAUAAUAAAAUUGAGUAAAGGUGAUAGAGUUAACGUCCAAAGUGGUGUUUUUCAUAAAGUAACAACGAUAAGUGAUAUACCUUCGUCUUAUAUGUAUACUUAUGUCAAUAAAACUCAGGAAAAUCUUAAAGAAUCCGAUCGAUCAAUAAUUGGGAAUAAACGAAAAUUGUCUCCAUUUCCCUUUAUUGAAGAGAGCGGUGUAUUUUUUGAAAAUUUAUAUAAAAUGUUUAGUAUUAUUUAUAAUUCUAUACUUAAUAUGUUAUUUGAUGUUCCUAUGGUUCGAAGAACGAAAAUUCGAUAAAAUAAAAUUUGUAAAUUUA